AUGAAGUUUCUAGCCCCAGUUUUCCUCUGUCUCUUGGCUUUGACGCCAAACAGGACGAUUGCCUCCGAUGAGCUGAAGGAGUGUGAUGCAACCUAUUCUGUGCAGCUUGGUGCGACGUACCCAAACGAUGUGGCAGUCCAAUGCACACCAGAGGACAUGUCUUUGAUUACUCAAGUGAUCCAAUCCGUGGUGGAAAUCGACACGUAUGCAUCGCGGCUGAGCAAAUACGUUCCAGCGUUUCAUCUUGUAUCUGAACAAUACCGGAACGAUAUCACCAUCGACCACACUGGCGCCUUGACCACUCGUCUCGGCGCUGAAGAGAUCGUCGAGCACUUGACAGAAGAGGACAUCAAGGAAGACAUCUACUACGAAAACGGUGCCGACGACGAAGGCAAUGGCCGCCGCAGACUAAGGAAACUCAUCAACGACGCAUUGGAGCACGGAAGUUCCGCCGUAGACGACAGAACAAAAAGAGAAGGCGACCAAGCUCACCGCCAAGCGCAACAGAUGAACUGCAAAAACAUGGGUGGUUGCACUGCGGAGUGGUGUUGCCAAUUCUGCGGAACCUGUUGGGGCGGUGGGCGUCGUCAACAAGAAUCACACCCACUGCUCCGAGGCAUGCCGGAAGUCGAAGAAGAAGGAACAGCUGAGGAAGACGAAGAGCUCGUUCAAAGGAUCAAGCAACACGAGGAACGAGUGUCCAACGAAAUCGAAAAGAAAAUGCGUUACAUGGCCCGCAAGGAAGCCGUCCCUUGUCUGGGGAACUUUUGGCAGGUGGAGGUGCAAUUCAAACUCAUUCUCUAG